AUGGUGGCACGUCUUCCUCCUACGACUUCCUCGCAAUCCCUCUACCAAAUGUCGACUCCCACAGGUCAAGCUGCACUAAUGGAGGCUCUAGCCGCCCAUUCUAUGAGCGCAGACAAGGGCAUGCUCAUCAUGCCAUUCUUCAUCAGCUGCUGGAUAGAUGCAGUCAUGAUGGGACUGGUCAUCUCGCAGGCGUACGCGUACUGGACUUAUGCUCGCACCGACAAGAAGCACAUUGUCCUUCUGGUCUUCCUGACCGUCGCUGGCGCCAUAGCUUCCACCAUCAUCGAUCUUCUUUGGACGCAGUACCUCUUCGUCUGGAAUUUUGGGACAUACCUGCCGUUCGCCGACGGCUCUUGGCUGAUCAAGUUUCUGGGAACCGAGAUCUUUACAGUGCUGGUCGUACAGAUAUUCUACGUCGACCGUGCUUGCAGGCUCUUCAGCCACUGGUGGCCCGCAGCUGUGACUGGACCUUUCAUCCUUGCCAUGCCGUGCUUGGGCAUCUCUCUCCUCCACCACCUCAGCACCUUUCCCUACCUGACCCCUGAUGUCCUCACUGGCAACAACCCACUCGUCGAUGCGCUUGCCUAUAGCUGGUUGACGGUAAACAUUGUCGCCGACGUUCUCAUCACCGGUAUCAUCGUGUACGGCCUGUCCAAGGUGAGAACGGGCUGGGCCCACACCGACUCUGUCCUGCGUAAAUUGUCGAUACAAUGUUUCGAGUCGCAGAUACCCGCACUCAUUGGAUCCAUCGUAUCCUUGAUCGCUUGGAAUAAAGUCUUUGAGCUGGCUCUUACUGUCAUCAUCAUCCAGAGCAAGGUGUAUGUCCUCGGCUUACUCAUCACCCUCAACCUUCGAGCAGGCAACAGAUCAACAACAAUCAAUGCUUCUUUCCACCAGACAUCGAGCGGUCCCAAGGAUACAGCGUAUCACAUGAAUGCUAUCUCCUCAGCCAGAUCAGAGUCAGAAGCGCACCUGAACGACCAGAAGUCGCCCUGGUCCACCUCGGACCGAUAUGUCAAGCCCACCGACGAGGAGACGGAUUGUACGGGCAGUCUACAUGAGCAUCGCAUGGUAUAG